CCUCCUCCUCCCCGCGCCGCACCCCGGCGCCCUCCCGCCCUGACCCCCGCGCCCUCCCUCCGCAGACCGCAGCCUCGGGUCUUUCGCGAAGAUGGUGAAGUUGGGGAACAAUUUCACGGAGAAGGGCACCAAGCAGCCGCUGCUGGAGGAUGGCUUCGACACCAUCCCCCUGAUGACGCCCCUGGAUGUCAACCAUCUGCAGUUCCCGCCCCCGGAUAAGGUUGUCGUGAAAACUAAGACUGAAUAUGAACCCGAUCGCAAGAAAGGAAAAGCGCGUCCUCCCAAGAUAGCUGAGUUCACGGUCAGCAUCACUGAGGGUGUCACCGAGAGGUUCAAGGUCUCUGUACUGGUCCUCUUCGCCCUGGCCUUCCUCACCUGUGUCGUCUUCCUGGUUGUGUACAAGGUGUACAAGUAUGACCGUGCCUGCCCCGAUGGGUUCGUCUUGAAGAACACCCAGUGCAUUCCAGAAGGCUUGGAGAGCUACUACACAGAGCAAGAUCCCAGUGCCCGGGAGAAAUUCUACACGGUCAUAAACCACUACAACCUGGCCAAGCAGAGCAUCACCCGCUCUGUGUCACCCUGGAUGUCAGUUCUGUCAGAAGAGAAGCUGUCAGAACAGGAGACGGAGGCUGCUGAGAAGUCAGCUUAGCGAGCUGGGAAGGUUCUUUACAAUGUGUCACUUGAAGGUAAUGAAGGGACUUUGAGGGACAUUUCAUUAAAUAUAAUUACCGAUACUUUAGAGGUUACUCAUUUAUGGUGCAGUCGCUUCUGUUUGCUAAUGCUGCUUUGCAAAUAAAACUUGCUGCCGAUCACCCACGGGCAUAAGACCAAGUGCGUAUCAGCAUUGCGUAGAGAGCGUGACACCGCUCUCCAUGCUAAGGACUCUUCACUGGGAUCAAUUG